AUGAGCUACAUCUAUACUGAUAUGAAAGGUUCAGCCAGGGUAAUGCAUGAAGACUACAACAACACUGUUGCUGGUUGGGUUAAUGAAUCGAUUGUCAUUGCUCUUCCGGAAUUGCUUGAAUGUAUUAACAAACUAUACGAGCAAAACCCUGAAAGAUUUGAGAGCACAGAAACUUCAUUUUCAAUAGCUGACUUCGGCUGUGCCACUGGCGCAUCAUCUAUAACACCUUUAAGAACAGUUAUAGACAGAAUUAAGCAAAUUAAUUCUGAAAAAGAGAUUCAUGUUUACCUUGAAGAUUUACCUGAGAAUAGAUUUGAUUUGGCAUUUACCACUGUUCAAGAAGGCUUAAAAGAUUAUAAAAAUGUAUUUAUUAUGGCAGCAGGCAAGGAUUUCAGUCAGUAGGUAUUUCCUAAUAAAUUCCUAGAUAUUUCAUUCUCUUCCCUUACUGCUAUGAUUCUUCCCAGCCCUCCAGCUCCCUUAGAUGACAAUGUAUUCUUCUUAGCUAACCCAGAGAAUACCGAGACAGAGAGAGGUAAAAAAUGGAUUGAAGGAUUCAAUUAACAUUGGGUUCAGUUUAUGAACUCAAGAAAAGCAGAACUAAAGAAAGAUGGUUUGCUUUUUGUGACCUUGAUCAUUAACUAGAAUCCAAACAAGGACUACUAGACAAAAGAGAAUGAGUUUUACCACGAAGUAGCAACACAAGUAUUAAAAAAGGUACUUACUAAGUACAAUGUCGAAGAUAAGAUUUCUUCUUGCAUGAAAACCACUGUCUCCGUUUACAAGUCACAUUACCUAGACAUUUGCAAUAGUAUACCUGAUUUGCAUGUGGUAUCAUCUAAUGACUUUGAUGUUAAAGAUAUUUUUUAUCAUGAAUACAUCGAGACCAAUGAUUUAAAGACUUUUGGAUAAAAAGUUGCAUCUUAUAUCCAAGGAUGGUGGGGUGACGUACUAGAGGGAGGACUAGCUCAAUAGGGGGUCGACCAGUAAAUCAUCAAAGAAGUCUCGAAAGAAGUCUUCGAAAUUUUGCCAGAGUUUGUAGAAAGCCGCUUAAAUAUCUACCCAGAGUACUACAACGUUUUGGCACUAGCUGUACAAAGAACUGCUUGA